AGUUUGCGUUCGUUCUGGCAACGGUGUCUUGGUUUUUAGGACAAGAAGUCGUUGGAGGCCUUUCCCGUGAUGCCCGUCUUAAGGUUGACGAAGAUCUGUUGGGUUUAGACAAACGAAUAGAUGACUUCAAACCAUUAAAUUUGUCAAUGGGACGGCGCAGUGAAACACCAAAGGACGAGGAUAUUUACGGACAGACUGUUGUUAUCAAUGGUAAUGAAUACAAGCCCAAUAUUAAUCUUAACCAAAACCCCAUGGACCUGGAACAGAGACAAACUAAAGAAAAAGGUGAUCUGAAGGGGAACAUAGGAAAAAGAAACUUUGAAGUUGAUUUCGUUAAGAAGUUGUGGCCGAAUGGCAAAGUUCCGUAUAUUAUUGAAAAAGCAACUUUUGGAGACAAUUACAACAAAGCCAAGGCGUUAAUCGAGGAGGCGGCGAAGCAGUUUAAAGACUAUACCUGUGUGAACUGGGUACCUAGAGCAUCCGGGGAUACUCAUUAUGUUCAGUUCAUUGGAAAUGACUACGGAUGCUGGACCACGGUUGGUUACCGUCCCUAUCCGUACAAAACACAACUCAAUCUCGAUGCAGGAUGUUUAGAGAUUGAGUCAGUGCUCCAUGAAAUGUACCAUGUUAUUGGCGGGAAUCAUGAGGUGCAGCGAAUGGACCGGUCGGAUCACCUGACUGUCCUAUGGAAGAAACUGAAAGGUUUUAACAUGGAUCAAUUUUAUGCCAACAAAAAUACACGAAACCGAUUCCCUUACGACUACCAUUCCGUCAUGCAGUACCGAUUGAGUACAUUUCCUACAUUUCCGAAGGAAAACACCAUUGAACUGCCCGAUCCCGAUUUAAACUAUUUAGUAGAAAUACCCAAGAAAGGAUUAUCUUUUCUGGACAUAGCGGAAAUAAACGACGGUUAUCAAUGCACAGAGAGUUGCACGAUUAAAUGCCAUAAUGGCGGGUUUCCUAUUAAGCCCGUAGGGGCCAGCUGUAAAUGUCAUUGUCCGUCAGGAUUAACAGGCGCAGACUGUACAGGGGUGGAAAACAGCCAUAAUUGCGGUGAGGUUAUUCACUUACAACCCGGGAAGGCUCAGGAUAUACGGAUCAGUGAAUAUCAACAGGGCCGGGAGUGCACCUGGAUAAUACUGGGAAACCCUGGUUCCAGAAUACGUGCUAUUGUGAUGUCAAUGUCGCUACCUUACAAAAAAGAUGAAAACACUUGUGAGCACUGGCUAGAGUUCCGUGACUACCAUAUUGGAACCCCGGGGAAGAAGUUAUGUGGCAGCAUACAGGGAGAUGGUGACUUUAAGUCAUACAAGAAAUAUUUGGUUGGCAAUCCAGCGAUGAUGAUGAUGAGGUUCAAUACAAAGAAUCAGAUUCCUUCUACCGCAGACAGAUACGUCACAGUUAACGUCAAGGCUUUGGCGUCACAGUGUGUUUCUUCCCCGUGUAAAAAUGGCGCCGAUUGCCAGGAAAAUCCUGUUGACUGGUCUUACGUUUGCUACUGUGAAAAUGGAUUUUCAGGAAAAAAUUGCGACGAGUUUGCAGACAAUGGCCAUAACUUCUGCGACUUUUCCAAGGAGCUGAAAUCUUGCAUUCUAAGUCAGGAUGUAGAGGAAUCAGAGUAUUUAUGGAAAUAUGCUGUGUUUAUCUGCUACGACCGUGGUUGUAAUAGAGGCGUAUACACAUAUCAAGGGAGAGAAAACCAGUUUUUGAAAACAAACCCAGGCUACGGAAACAGUGCACUAACCAGGAAAUCGUCAGUUCUCAUAACGACCGCCAAGUUUACAGAAAAAGACCGUUGUUUGACAUUCGAUUACAACAUGGGGAACUACUCAAGGGGAGAUGGAAGCCAGACCAUGGCCCAAAUUUACAGACAGGGGGAAACUAGUGAGGGCUUUACAGAGCAACAACUCUGGGACCUGUCUUCCACAACCAACUACAAAUGGAUGAAAGCCGCCAUUAACAUCCGUAAAAUUAAGAACCUGAAGAUUAAGAUUAAGGGUAUAUUUGGUUCCCAGGAGCUUGGAAUUGAUAAUAUGCUACUUCGUCCAAGCUUGUGUACCGAAACUGUCUGUAACCCAAAUCCUUGUAUCAAUGGCGGGUCCUGUCAGUCAAAAGGAAGUCCAGCAACGCAUUACUCCUGUGCAUGCCUAGCUGGAUACACAGGAAUUAAUUGUGAAAAACCUGCGGCCUGUCAUCCAAACCCCUGUCAGUAUGGCGGGACGUGUACAGCGAGUGGUUCCGGUUUCCUUUGUCACUGUCCUCUCGGUUUCUAUGGCGAUAGAUGUGAAAAAAACAACUUAGAUCCGUGUUUGUCCCACCCAUGUCAAAAUAAUGGCGUGUGUAAAGCUGCCAAGGCCUCUGAUGGCGUGGCGUUUACAUGUACCUGUCGGGAGGGGUACACUGGGGUCACGUGUGAAGGUUACGCCUGUACCUUCGAGACGGACAAAGUUUGUUUUCUCCACAAGAUGUACGAAACAUUGCAGUGGGAGCGACACGAGGGUCCAACUCCCAGCCCUAGUACAGGACCGAUGAAGGCAGCCGAGGGUCGCUUUUAUAUGUAUCUGGAAGCAACUAAUGCCAAACAACACGACCUUUCACGGCUUUCCCACCUCGCAAGCCACAAAGAAGAUAAAACAUAUUGCCUGCAAAUGCAGUAUUCCUUGAUUGGUGAGGACAUAGGCGAAUUGAUUGUUGUUGAGUUCGAUUAUGUAAACUGGAAGAACAAUAUCAAAGUCAGAAAAACCGGGCAGCAGUUAGCGGGCGAAUGGUUGUACCUAGAAACGGAUGUAAAACUCAACGCUAACACUUACCUGCUAAUUUAUGGAAUUAUUGGAUCGGGUUAUCGAGGAGACAUCGCCAUAGACGACGCAAAACUGUUUCCAUACCCCUGUCCAUAGGAACUACGGAUGUACAGUGACACUUGAUUUUGUUAACGCCAGGAAACCCUCUAUUGUCAUCCCCCUGGACAUAGACUUUAUUAUUUGAUUUCAACUACAUGUAUGAAAAGGGCGUGCCCUGAUUAUAAACUUUAAGGAACUUAAAAUACUUA